AUGGCCGAACCGACCCCGAAUGCAGACAUUUCCGCGCUUGUAGCCACUGUGCAAGGCCUUUCAAAUGAAGUUAACAAGCUGAGGGGUGAAUCCGAGGUCAGAAAGCUGCACCACAAGUAUGGUUACUACCUAGACAAGUGCCUGUACAAAGAGGCCGUCGACCUCUUCGCGGACCACCCAGACACAUACGUCCAAUUCCUCAACGGCCGCUUCAACGGGAAAGAAGGUGUUCACCGCCUCUACAUCGAACGAUUUGCAAAUCGGUUCGUCGGAGGCCGCAACGGCCCAAUAGAGGGGUGGCUACUAGACCACUUAAUGGCCCAGGAUAUAGUCGACUAUAAUCCCGAAGCCGGACGAGCAAAAGCCCGCAUUCGCGCAUUCAUGAGUGCGGGUACACACGAAUCCCUGCCCUCCGAAUUCCCAGGCGGAUAUCGCCAGUGGUGGGAAGGGGGCCUGUACGAGAACGAGUAUAUUCUCCAAGAUGGGGUCUGGAAGAUUCUUCGGCUACGUUACUACCCUUUCUGGCAUGGCUCUUUCGAGUCUGGGUGGAAGGGGUCCAAGGAUUUUGUUCCGCUGUUCAAGGAGAUGUUUCCUGCUGAUAAGCUUGGUCCUGAUGUGAUACUUCAGGAUGGAGGUCUUUGGCCUGAUACGCGUGUUAUUCCCUUCCAUUACAAGCAUCCUGUCACGGGGGAGGAGGUUGAGGAGGGGGAUAUGCGGGCUCCGAGGUGGCUUGCGGAGGCUAGUACGGCCCCACCAGCGCGGAGUAUCAAUGACUGGGGAUUCUAA